AUGGGCUGUGGAUCGUCAAGUCUGAAGGGAGCAGACAUACCCGACCUCAACAGCCAGCCAACGACAGCAACGGGUGCGCAACCAAUCAGGAAAAUCAGGACCAACUUCUCAGAAGUUGACUAUGAUCAAAACGCUCGAGAGCGGCGUCUUACAGAAUAUGCGCCGCACGAGCAACCCCCACCGGUGAGGGAGGAGAGUCAUGACUUUACGGCAGAGCAAAGUGGUUACGAGCAGUGGCAACAAUACGACACUCAACCCGGUCGCCAGAGUUAUGACGCCGGCCCGCCAAUGGGCUAUGUGCUGCCCCAAGGGAGCAUGUCAGGCCCAGACGCCGCGGAUAGGGAUCGCGGCGCGAGCUUGAAACCAUAUCAGACCUUCGACGGAGGUGACUGGGACAACCAAGACGCCUCGGCUCAGAGGCAAGAGUCCUAUGUCAACGGUACACAGGAGACGCGUGGGGACCCGACAUCAAAUGCGUCCAAGAACCAGUUCGCUGCCGCAAACGACCCGGCGAACCCAAGCAACCAGGAAGGGCACCACUCUCAACCAAACGACCACCACCGUGACCAGCGGCAAGCCUCCAGGUACAACAACAACGACGAUGAACUCAACAACGUGUCUCCGAUCUCGUACAACACCGGCACGGACCCGGGCGCGAACCCGGACAUCCACGGCGACGAUGACGAGCCCAAGAAGUCGUGGCUCGGCCAGAAAUACGCGUCCUUCCAGUCCGCUAAGCGCGGCUCGGGCCUCAGCGACGAGGAUGUCCUCAAGUACACGGGCAAGGACAGAAAGGAGCUCAACGAGUGGGUGCAGAACAGGCCUGGCGUCGGUCCAAACCAGGAGGCUGGCCGAGUCGGGUCGGAUUCGGGACUGGCGGUCGGUGCACCUUGGAGCUAG